AGGCUGAGCAUCCCCGCUAUAUAACCUGAGCGUUCUGCUCCCGGCCCCCCCAGAAAGAGGAAUUCAGCCCCCGGGAGUUACCAGGGUGAUGAGACGGCCACCGGCCGGGACCCGCUAACCCUCACAGGAGCGGCGGCAUGACCAAGUCGUACAGCGAGAGCGGGAGGAUGGGCCAGCCCCAGGCCCCGCAGCGACCCCCGGGCUGGACGGAGGAGGGGCUCAGCUCCCAGGACGAGGAGGCUGACCCCAAGGAGGAAGAGGAGGAGGAGGAGGAGGAGGAGGAGGAGGAGGAGGAGGAGGAGGAGGAGGGCGAGGCGGACGAGGCGGACGAGGUGGACGAGGAGGAGGAGGACGACGACGAGGAGGAGGACGAGCAGAAGCCCAAGCGCCGGGGCCCGAAGAAGAAGAAGAUGACCAAGGCGCGCUUGGAGCGGUUCAAGCUGCGGCGCAUGAAGGCCAACGCCCGCGAACGCAACCGCAUGCACGGGCUCAACGCGGCGCUGGACAACCUGCGCAAAGUGGUGCCCUGCUACUCCAAGACGCAGAAGCUGAGCAAGAUCGAGACCCUGCGGCUGGCCAAGAACUACAUCUGGGCCCUGUCGGAGAUCCUGCGGUCGGGCAAGAGCCCGGACCUGGUGAGCUUCGUGCAGACCCUGUGCAAGGGGCUGUCGCAGCCCACCACCAACCUGGUGGCCGGCUGCCUGCAGCUCAACCCCCGGACCUUCCUGCCGGAGCGGAGCCAGGACCGGCCGGCCGGCCGGCCGCCCGCCGGCCCGGGCCCCUUCCCGCCGGCCCCUUACCCCUUCCAGACCCCGGGCCUGCCCAGCCCCCCCUACGGCAGCAUGGAUGGCGCCCACCUCUUCCACCUCAAACCCCCCGGGCCGGCCCGGGCCCCGGCCCCGGCCCCGGCCCCCGCCCCCGCCCCGGCCCAGCCCCUGCCCCCGCUGCCGCCCCACGCCUUCGGCCCCGCCCUGGAGCCCUUCUUCGACGGCGCCCUGGCCGACUGCGCCAGUCCCGGCUUCGACGGGCCCCUCAGCCCCCCGCUGAGCAUCAACGGGAACUUCUCCUUCAAACACGAGCCCCCGGGCCAGCUGGACAAGGGCUACGCCUUCACCAUGCACUACGCCGCCGCCGCCGCCGCCGCCGCCGCCGCCGCCGCCCUGGGCGGGACCCCCGCCGUCUUCUCCGGCCCCUCCGACCUCCCCCUCGACGCCCUGCUGCCCUACGAGGGCCACCCUCACCACGACAGAGGCCUGGGGGCUCAUGCCCUCUUCCACGACUAGCCCGGGGUGUCCGGGGAGGGGAGGGGAGGGCCCUCGGGGGGGCAAA